UGUUCUCUUCAGUUUUUUCUGUUUCAACUAAUUUCCAGCUCGAAAUACUCUCUAUUUUACGGUGCAAGAGAGGACAGUGGGAGUUAGAGCACAGAGGCAGCGGCGGCGGCGGUGGAGGAUAAAGAAUUAUGGCUGGACUGGAGGGGAAGGUCACUGGAGGAUACGCCGACGUGGGCUGUCGCCGUCGUGUGUUUUGUACUGGUUGCGGUUUCCAUUGUCAUCGAGCAUGUCAUCCAUUUAAUUGGAAAGUGGUUGAAGUCGAAACACAAAAGGGCUCUGUAUGAAGCACUGGAGAAGGUGAAAUCAGAGUUGAUGCUGCUAGGAUUCAUAUCGUUGCUGCUGACAGUAGGGCAAGGUCCAAUUUCAGACAUAUGCAUAUCCAAGAAGGCCGGAGCCACGUGGCACCCAUGCAGCAAGAAGCAAGAGCAAUAUUCCAAGUAUCCGGAGUCCUCCAAGAAUAUUGGCGACGACACCCGCCGGAAACUCCUCAGCGCCGACGACGGCAACUUUCGGCGGAUGCUGGCGGCCGGGGGUUUUUUUAAAAAAAAAAAAAAAAAACAUUGAAAUUAUUUAAAAAUAAUAAUAAUUAAAAAAGUGAAAUUGAAACGUGCACUGCAGGGUAAAGUGGCGUUUGUGUCAGCAGACGGGAUACAUCAGCUGCAUAUAUUCAUAUUUGUUUUGGCUAUUUUUCAUGUCCUCUAUUGUAUUCUCACCAUGGCUUUGGGAAGAGCUAAGAUGAGCAGCUGGAAGGCAUGGGAAAUAGAAACAAGAACAGCUGAGUACCAAUUCUCACACGAUCCGGAGAGAUUUAGGUUUGCAAGAGAAACAUCGUUCGGGAGGAGGCACUUGAGCUUUUGGAGCAAAACUCCCGUUUUACUGUGGAUUGUUUGUUUUUUCAGACAAUUCGUAAGAUCUGUUCCAAAAAUCGAUUAUCUAACUCUGCGUCAUGGAUUCAUAGUGGCACAUUUGGCACCCCAAAGCCACGCCAAAUUCGACUUUCAAAAGUAUAUCAAUCGGUCACUCGAAGAGGACUUCAAAGUGGUCGUUGGAAUUAGCCCACCAAUAUGGCUUUUUGCUGUGCUGUUCCUACUCUUCAAUACUCAUGGUUGGUAUUCAUAUCUUUGGCUUCCCUUCAUCCCAUUGAUUAUAAUAUUAGUGGUAGGGACGAAGUUGCAAGUGAUAAUAACGAGAAUGGGAGUGAGAAUUCAAGAGCGGGGCGAGGUGGUGAAGGGCGUGCCCGUGGUUCAGCCUGGAGACGACCUUUUCUGGUUCAAUCGCCCUCGGCUCAUUCUCUACCUCAUCAAUUUUGUACUCUUUCAGAAUGCGUUUCAGCUGGCUUUGUUUGCAUGGACUUGGUAUGAAUUCGGGUUGAAAUCGUGUUUUCAUGAACAUGUGGAGGAUAUCGUUAUCAGAAUCACUAUGGGGAUUCUCAUACAGAUACUUUGCAGCUACGUCACUCUCCCACUUUAUGCCCUCGUCACUCAGAUGGGGUCAACUAUGAAACCAACCAUAUUCAACGAACGAGUGGCCGCUGCCUUAAGGAACUGGCACCACACGGCCAAGAAACACAUCAAGCAAACCAAGCACUCCGCCCCUACCACGCCCACGUCGACCCGCCCGCCCACACCGUCCCACGGCUUCUCGCCUGUCCACCUCCUCCGCCAUCACCGGAGCGAAAUGGAUAGCUUCCAAACGUCCUCAUGGAAAUCAAACUCCAACGUGGAUCGUUGGGACAUAGAGGGCUCGCCCUCCACCACUCGCUCCCACCAAGGCAAUGGUUCGUCGCCGUCUAGUCAUCACCACCGCGCCGAGGUAGAGCAUGAGGUACUGGAGCUCCAACAUGAGCUGCCCGGCUCCUCCGCUCGGGUGAGGCCGCCGUUGUCAGUACAGGUGCCACAUGAUGAGCAGCAUGAGAUCAAUAUACACAACGAGGACUUUUCGUUUGAUAAGAGUAAUGUUGGGGCUAAUAAGGUUUAGGAUUGCCACAAAAGUCAUACUUGUUUUCUUGGCCCAAAUGAUGGGUAAAGCUGGGGAAAAUGGAUUACGGAGAAGGCCUUGUUCAUGUUUCUUGAGAACAUUAAUAUGCCUAAAGGAAAAUGGAAAAGAAAGAAAAUAAAUAGGGGCUAAUUUUAAUGAAA